AUGUCGCCGCCCCACUCGGCGCCCCACCACCCAUCCCUCGCCGCCGGGGACAACAAGAAGCAGCCACACCUCGGGGCCGACCCCAACAACAAGACCUCCUCCUGCUUCGGCGGCGGGGGCGACCACCACCCCAAGAAGCCCGGCCCCUCCGCAGCCAAGCUCGCGCUCGCGUCCUUCCUCGCCGUCAUCCUCCUCCUCGCCGCCGACGCCUCCCUUACCGGCGCCGGCGCGCACCGCAGCCUGCGGCAGCAGUACCUGCAUUACAUCGGCGUCGGCGUUGGCGUUGGAGGCGGAGGCAGCACCGACACCGACGCGCUCUCGUGGCUCUCCGUGCCGGACCGCCCCAACUUCACGGACGACCUACUCGCGCGGUGGCUCGCGCCCGGGGGCUCCCCGUGCCGGGACGCGCGCACGGCGAACAUCUCCGUCGGGGUUCUCGACGACGCCGCGGCGAGCGGGGAGGCCACCGCUCUCGGCGCGGGCCAGAUCCACGAGGUCACGUUCUGGGCGCUGGACGAGGCUGGGCAGCGCCGCUGCCUCGGCGGGGACUACUUCGAGGUCGACCUCUCCGGGGACGCCUGGAAGUCGCGGCCCCCCAUCGUGGACCACGGCGACGGCUCCUACUCCUUCCGCCUCCAGGUCGCGCCGCGCUUCGCCGUCGGGGAGUUCCGCCUCACCGUCGUCCUCCUCUUCCGCAGCUUCGAGGGGCUCAAGUUCUCCUCCUCGAGGUUCAAGUACCGCGCCGAGCUGCGCCGUAUCCCCCUCCUGUUCCGGCCGGAAAAUAACGCGUCCCUGCCGGCGCUGGAGACGUGCCGCGCCGCGGACUUCUCUCGCGAUGUCUGGUCGGGACGGUGGACGCGGCUCGACAAGAACGAUACCUGCGACGACGUCGACAUCGCGGGGCGGUACCGGUGCCUGGAGCCGGACCACCCGUGCGAGGCACCGUGGUGCGACGGGCCGCUCGGCGCGCUGGAGAGCAACGGCUGGGUUUAUUCGGCGCACUGCUCCUUCAAGCUCUUUACGGCCGAUGCGGCGUGGCGGUGCCUUGACGGCAAGUGGCUCUUCUUCUGGGGCGACUCCAACCAUGUCGACACCAUCCGGAACCUCCUCACCUUCGUCCUCGGCAUCACGGAUACGUCUGCCGUGACACGCCGGUUCGAUGCAGUGUUCACCAAUCCCAGUGGCGGGGCAGAGACUGUGAGGAUCACGAGCAUCUUCAACGGCCACUGGAACAUGAGCAUGAACUAUCUCGGCUUGCAUUCCCUUCGGAACAGAGGUUUCCGGCAGCUCAUCCGAUCCUACUUCAUGUCCGGUGAUCGUGUCCCGGACGUCGUGGUCCUGAACUCUGGCCUGCAUGAUGGCUGCUACUGGACCAGCGUCCGCGCCUACGCGCAGGGUGCGGAUUUUGCAGCACAGUUCUGGUCCGGAGUCAUGGCCAAAGUCCGGGCUCGUGGGCACGCUGUGCCUAGGGUGUUCUACCGGACGACGAUCGCCACCGGGGGCUAUGCUAGGGACCUGGCAUUCAAUCCAAACAAGAUGGAGGCGUUCAAUGGUGUGCUCGUUGAGAAGAUGAGGCAGUACGGGGUGCUCACUGGUGGAGUGAUCGACAAUUUCGACAUAACAUUCGCAUGGCACUACGACAACCGUUGCAAUGACGGUGUGCACUACGGGCGUGCACCAGCGAGGCUUGUGUGGCGGGACGGCAAGAUUGGGCACCAGUACUUCGUGGACCUGAUGCUGGGGCAUGUGCUCCUCAAUGCCAUCUGCAAUGGAUGA